AUGUCGGGGCUGGUAUCUGACGUCACCUUCGACUUCACCUUGGCCGACUCUCCUGCGUCGCUAGGUCGACCUCUAACCCCCCCUCAGGACUUCCCCAUUUCUCAAAACUACUUCUUCGACUCGUCCUUUCUCGAAAUUCCGGACCACGCUCGCCAUGGCCGCUGCUCGUCCCAGGCUUCUUCCGUUUACUCGACCGUUUCGGCUGUCGAAUCUGCCGCUGACUCCUUCUGCACGCGGAUAACGACAUCCCCUAGAGCUAGCCCCCCAACGCGUCAACAUGGCCCUCUCUUGCUGCCCAAGAUCCGCCCCCAGGAUCAGCAAGUCAGCUACACCGUCGCACCCGGUCCUCGCAUGCAGACCAUGACGCCGCCUCCUCAGCGCAGGAUCUCCAAGAAGAAGCGUGCCUCGCACACUCGCAGCCAGACCAACCCUGAGGCCAUCUCCAGCAUGGCCAUGUCACACCUGGCCUUUUCUCGCCCUGCGCAAGAGCAAGCCAUCAUGUGCUCGCCCAUGCCCCUCCCGCGAGACUUGGAUUCGCGCCGCUCUUCUACUUGCUCUACGGUGGAUGCUACAGUCGUUGAUGCCUGCGGCUUCCCUCCUUACCACCCGAUGGGCUUCAUGCCAGCAGACUACUCCAUGUCCCACGACUUGGGCUAUCAGUUCGCACCCAGAGCCUCCUCGCCAUUGAGCAUCGCUUCUACCCCCGAGCCUGUUGCCUCGAUGUCGCUUCUGAGCUUCCUCACGUCGCCUAGCCCAGCUGCCUCGCUUGUUCGCACCGUCUCGUACCCCAUCCGCGACCCAAACACUAAGCACUUCUGGUGGGAUGUUCGCAACAUUCGCCAGUGGUCUGCCUUCAACAUGGCUGCUAUUAUGGCUCUGCCAGGUGCAUCUGCGCUCUUGAACACGCCCGUUCCCGCGCCACUUCUCCCCGAGCCCGCUGUUUCCGCCCGCCACCCCGAGACGGAAGCUUCACUGCAUAGUAUCUAUGCCUCUUACUAUAUUCCAAAGCUCAACUCAGCCCUGGCCAUUUCUUCCAAUCGACCCGUGCAACUCUCUGUCCCCAGCCGCAUCCCCGCCAACAUGAACGAGCCAUUGUUCGUGGGCAACGUGGCUGGCGACUCUUCCACCGCCGCUGCAAUGUUUGGCGGCAAGCCUACCGCUCGCGUUGUCGGCAUUGUUCGCAGCUUUGAUCGCUUCAACACUGCAAUGCGCGUCGAGGGCAACAUUAAGCGAGUCGAGUACCUCCGCGGACUCUCUGCUAUUCACCAUACCAUGCGCGAGCACAGCUGCCGCUACGGUUUCAUCCUCACCGAAAUUGAGCUUGUCAUUGUCCGCAACGGCAAGGAGGCCAUCCCUAACUUUGGCGAGCUUGAUGUCACCUCCAUCCCCCUCAACGCCGCUGCUCCGGACUGUAACCUGUCCCGAGUCCAACCCGAGUCGCUUCCUCUUACUGCCUGCCUCGCACUCUGGGGUCUGUGUCAGAUUGCCAGCGACGCUGCCAGCUGCGGCCAUGCCUCCUACAAGACAGAAAUUGGUGCCCCUGUUGAAGGCACUCGCCGCAAGGCUCUCAAGCGUGACAGCUGGAUUCCCCAACCCCAGUUGGCCGAGAAGCGUGAAGCCAAGAGAGCCCGUGGCUGGACUUGGCCAGAGGAUGCUGUAGGACGCCGCGAGCUCGGCAAGCGCGGCGUUAAGUACGCUGCUAUGUGA